UUUUACUUCUCUCUCUCCUCAUAUCCAAAUCCAGCCAACCCAGGUCUUGAGCGCAGCACCACAGUCUUCAAAGCAAGAGUGGGCAGAAAGCAACCUAUUCCGAGGACGUCGGACAAACUGUGCGUGGAAUCUGCCAACUAGAAGAGAGGGGUCUUGGCUGAAAAUCUGUGUUCCGUGGCGCUUUCGUGGAUUGUGUUCCGUUGUAUUUGGGCGAACCGAGGAGGAAUUUCGUGCAAAAGGUUUCCAGCAAAAUUUGGUGUAUCACCUCUCUACUAGUCUGGUUAUCGUGUUCUAAGUGGGAACCACUUAAGUUUAUAUUAAGAGACCAAACCAAGUGCGUGCGAACAGCAGACCAAUAGCAAUGUUCUAUUUAUUACUGUUUAUGUAAGUGUGCGCGUGUGUGCGUGUUACUCCUGUAUGUAUGUCGUGGUGCCACGUGGACCGAAGAAGCCGCCACUUUCCAUGGAUGGCCGAUCGACGUGCUGAACUAGGUUAAGAGCCGGUUUCGGAACGGGUUCAACGACGAUUUAAAAGUGUUCGAGUGUGUGUGUGUUGUUUUCUCUAUUGUGUACUCAUCGUCAUCGUUGUUGGGAAAGGUUCCUAGCCCCGCACGACCCAUCAUCCCCUGUAACUGUCUGUGUGUCGGAUCCCCGCUCGGAAUUCCCGGUAUCAAACCCGCCCCAAAACAAAAAGUCGUAGACACCCAACCCCGGUAGAGUAAAUCGCAAAUAGCUCAUAGUAUGACCUUGACGGUGUCGGAAUCGGACGGCAACACUCUGCGCAACAAUAACGCCAACGCCAACAACAACAACAACACUCUCAACAGUUCGGAUAUGACCGAAUCUCUACCCAGUUCUGAACUCUCCCUGCUAGCAAAACUGGAGGCCGCCAACAAGCUGAUCGAGAGUGACUCGAAGAGUCUGAACUCGCUGCAGAGUUCCGCCCACAGCCGGAAGAGCUCCGACACCAGCCAGAUUUCGCUCAACUCGGGCGCCUCCUCCGUCGGGGAGGAGGACAUCUGGUCGACAUGGGCCAGCAUCGUGGCCGACUGGGAGGCGGGCCAGAAGCGGAAGGCGCCCACCGUUAAGGAGCUGGUCCGGAAGGGCAUCCCGCACCACUUCCGGGCCAUCGUCUGGCAGCUGCUGUGCGGGGCGACCGAGGCGGACAAGAAGCAGUACGCGGAGUACAUCAAGGCAACGAGCGCCUGCGAGAAGGUCAUCCGGCGGGACAUUGCGCGGACCUAUCCGGAGCAUGACUUCUUCAAGGAGAAGGACGGGCUCGGGCAGGAGGCGCUGUUUAACGUGAUGAAGGCGUACUCGUUGCAUGAUCGCGAGGUCGGCUAUUGCCAGGGCUCGGGCUUUAUCGUGGGGCUGCUGCUGAUGCAGAUGCCCGAGGAGGACGCCUUCUCGGUGCUGGUCCAGAUCAUGCAGCAGUACCGGAUGCGGGACAUGUUCAAACCGUCUAUGGCCGAGCUCGGCCUGUGCAUGUACCAGCUGGAGAGCAUCGUCGCGGAGCAGAUCCCCGAGCUGCACCUGCACUUCCAGUCGCAGAGCUUUCAAACCUCCAUGUACGCCUCCAGCUGGUUCCUCACGCUGUACACAACGGCCCUCAACCUGACGCUCAGCUGCCGCAUCAUGGACGUGUUCCUGUCCGAGGGCAUGGAGUUCAUCUUCAAGGUGGCGAUCGCGCUGCUCCUCAUCGGCAAGGACACACUGCUGUCGCUGGACAUGGAAGCGAUGUUGAAGUACUUCCAGAAGGAACUUCCCCAAAAGGUGGAAAACGACAGCGACGGGCUGUUCAACCUAGCAUUCCAGGUGAAGAUCAACACGAAAAAGAUGAAGAAAAUGGAGAAGGAGUACGCCGACCUGCGGAAAAAGGAACAGGAAGAAAUGGUCGAACUGAGGCGAUUACGAAACGAGAACCGGCUGCUGAAGAAGCGCAACGAGCUGCUCGAGGCGGAGAGUGCCGAACUCGCGGAUCGGUUAGUCCGCGGCCAGGUGUCCCGCGCCGAAGAGGAGGAAACCAGCUACGCUAUCCAGUCGGAACUGUUGGCCCUGCGGAGGGUUCACCUGGAGGUAGCCCACCAGCUGGAGACCGCAAACGAGGAAGUGCGAGCGCUCAGCUUGCGACUUCAGGAAAAUGUUGCGGAUAAUUCGCUCGAAUCCAACAACUCCCGCCAGAAUUCGUUCGACGAGCUGAUCAUGAAGGAAGAAGCGCUGAAGCAGCGCGACGAGAUGGUGUCCUGCCUGCUGGAGGAGCUGGUCAAGGUGCGCCAGGGGCUGGCCGAAAGCGAAGAUGUGAUACGAAACCUCAAGACGAAGAUUCAGGAGCUGGAGGAGGACAAGAAACGACUUCGCGAGACCACGAUCGACAACUCGGUGGCACAUCUGCAGGACGAGCUGAUAGCGAGUAAGCUGCGGGAAGCCGAGGCCAGUCUGUCGUUGAAGGACCUCAAGCAGCGCGUUCAGGAGCUCAGCACUCAGUGGCAGAGGACACUGUCGGAGCAGCGGAACGAGGCGGCCCAGACGAGCGAGUCAGGCGCGAAGAAGCUGCUGUUCUGGGAGUCGUCGCGCACGGCGGAUAUCCAGAAGCUCGAGGAGGAGCUGAUGACGACGCGGAUUCGCGAGAUGGAGACGCUGACCGAACUGAAGGAGCUGCGGCUGAAGGUGAUGGAGCUGGAGACGCAGGUUCAGGUUUCGACCAACCAGCUGCGACGCCAGGACGAGGAGUCAAAGAAGGUGAAGGAAGAGCUGGAGGAGGCGCUGGUGCGCGAGCGGGAACUGUCGAACAAGGCCCGCGAGCAGCAGCACCGGUACUCGGAUCUCGAAUCUCGCAUGAAGGACGAGCUGAUGAACGUCAAGAUCAAGUUCACCGAGCAGAGUCAGACGGUGGCCGAGCUGAAGCAGGAGAUUUCGCGGCUCGAAACCAAGAACUCCGAAAUGCUGGCCGAGGGCGAGCUUCGCUCUAACCUGGACGAGUCGGAUCGCGUACGGGAUCUGCAGGACAAGGUGGCCGAGCUGAAAGCCGAGCUGACCGCACUCAAGUGCCGCGGAUCGGGCCCGCUGAACCUGCGCAUGAUCAAGAGCACCUCGAUCCAGUCGAUCGACUCCACCAACGAGAUCGACUUUGCCGAGAUGCAGCUCUCGCGGAAGGACAUCCUGAGCGGCGGAAACGGUACCCUCAACAUCACCAGCAGCACCACUACUUCCACAUCGCCACCGACCUCGUCGUCCUCGUGAAAUUUAGCGUUUCUGGGCUAGCUAGGCCCGCGGCACUAGUAGGUAUUCUAGAGCUAAUUUGUAUUUGUUAGGAGACAAGUUUGAACAUCAUCAAAAUCAUUUCAGAAAAAAACAGUAGUAGAAGAGUAGAGUUUAGAGGUAAAGUUCAUCAAAAGCAUUCACACAACUCGUAGCAAGGACAUUUCACACACACACACACAAACAACAUGAUUGUAUUCCUAGAUGUUAAGGUAAAACGAGGAGACAAGUGUACUAUUUUUUAUUAACAUUAACAUUAACUCCGGAAAAAACCCGAGGUUCGGCUCGGUUGUUGUACUGAACGCGAAAGGAACCCACAUAACGAUAGAGAACGAGAGAGAGAGUUAAGCUGUUCUUAUGAUUUUUUUUGUAUGUGAAAUUGUUUAUUUUUGUUUAGGUUUUUUAUUAUACUUCUAUUAUUAUUAUUAUUAUUAUUAUUAUUUUCUAAAGUUUAUCAAGCAAGCUGUAAGCGUGAAAGUAAUUGUAUUCAACAGUGCAAGCCAAGCUGGCAGACAGAGAUAUAAUAUAAAGUUUAGCUAAAAAGGUUAAAACUAAAAUCAAAAGCAGGCAAUUUAUAACCUAAUAUUAUUUGUGUUUUCGUUUUGUCCAAUAACUCUUUUCGUUUUCCUCAGUUAAAUUGUACAUUUUUCUUGUUUAGUUUAAUUAUUUUUAGCAAUAAUACCACAGUACAGAGAGCUAGGUUGCGAAACCUCCGGAGAGUCAAACUGUCAUAUAAAAUUGUUCGUUUGUCGCAGUGAAUGAAGAAAAACUUAGUAUUUUUCCAAGAGUCUAUAAAUAUAUUAUGUAUUACAGAAAGAGAAAGAGAAAAAACAA